CAGACGUCAGGUCAGUCGUCUCUGUCUUUGUCUCUGCACGCUGUCCGUGCUGCAUGGCUUUGACGUUUUUUAAAGGGAACUGCCCCUUUAACCGCGUGGCCGCACUGCUCAUGCUCGGGGCUUUGUGCAGGAGCUUCCCCCCGUCAGAGAGCAGCUGUGGACGGACAGAGCAGAGAGGAGGAGCGGCGCUCCGGGGAGACAGAGAAGCUGCGGCUGUCGCAUCUCCUGACACCAGAACCGGGACGGAGGACGUGUUUCGCUCGGCAGCAUCCGGCAGGAGAGCAGCUCUCUGCCGCCUUCAUCUGCUUCAUUUCAUCCCCGGGAUUACAGCGUCUGUCGGGGAGGCAGGAUCAUCCGGUCACGGUCUCGUGUUUACAUCCGAGCCCCGACCAGCGCGGGAGGAACUUAUCUCGCUGGACUUGUCGAAACACGCUUCUCUGUGUUUUUUGAGGGUCUGAUUGGAUUUGAGUGUGCGAAAAUCAGACGUAUUUGUUUUGUUUUGGGUUUUUUUUGUUUUUCCAUGAAAGUUUCAUGCCUUUGUCCUGUCCCGCAGCUGCCUCCGCACCGCACCGCACCGCACCGCUCGGCAUGUUCUGACGGCGCGUAAUUACUGUUUUCCUGCGUCCUCUCCUCAGGUACAGGUAGGCUACCUGAGAGCCUGCUGAUGACUGCACACCUCCUCACAGAGUAAAAAAAAAAGAAAACAGUCUGUGCUCCUCAGAAACACACGCACGUCGAGUUCCAUCAUGGAUGAUGUCCACCUGUGCAGCUGGACCAGGUCGUCCAGGUGGAGCGCCCGGGACGCGCUGAGAACGUACCUGGGAGUGUUUGUGAUGCUGCACCUCGUGCUCCACACGGAAGGCUCCACCGUGUCCAAGUCCUGCGAUAAGAGCUGUUAUUCUGGGAAGUGCAUGAACGGGACCUGCGUGUGUGACCACGGAUGGGUCGGGGAUCAGUGCCAGCACUGUCAGGGGAGAUUCAAGUUAACAGACCUGACGGGCUCCCUCACGGACGGACCGGUAAACUAUAAGUACAAGACCAAAUGCACCUGGCUCAUAGAAGGAUACCCUAAUGCAGUGCUCCGGCUGCGCUUCAAUCACUUUGCCACAGAGUGCAGCUGGGACCACAUGUACGUCUACGAUGGAGACUCCAUUUACGCCCCUUUGAUUGCUGUGUUCAGCGGUCUAGUGGUACCAGAGACCCGAGGUAACGAGACGGUCCCGGAGGUGGUGACGACGUCCGGAUACGCUCUGCUUCACUUCUUCAGCGACGCUGCCUACAACCUGACCGGCUUCAACAUCGCCUACUCGAUAAACUCUUGUCCCAACAACUGUUCCGGCCACGGCCGAUGCAGCACGGCCAACUCCGUCUCGGGUCGAGUGUACUGCGAGUGUGAGGACUACUGGAAAGGAGACGCCUGCAGCAUCCCGUACUGCAGGGAUAACUGUGGCAGCCCGGAUCACGGCUACUGCGACCUGACCGGAGAGAAGCUCUGCGUCUGCAACGACAGCUGGCAAGGUCCGGACUGCUCUCUGUCCGUCCCCUCCACUGAGGCCUUCUGGGUGCUGCCGAGCGUCAAACCAUCAGCUCAGUCUCUGGGUCGGGCGUCCCACCAGGCUCUGGUCCACUCUGGACUGAUGUGGGUUGUGGGAGGAUACUCGUUCAACUACUCCAACUACCACAUGGUCCUCAACUACAACCUGGAGAGCAGCACGUGGGACGUGGUGCCCGUCAGCAGCGGCCCUCUCUACAGAUACGGCCACUCUCUGGCUCUGCACCAGGAUGACAUCUACAUGUUUGGUGGUAAGCUGGAGGUGAAGUCGGCCAACGUGACGGACGAGCUGUGGGUGUUCAACAUCCCCAGACGCACCUGGUCACCACGGAAACCAGCCCCGCCCCCUCCCUACGCCCUGGAGGGCCACACCGCCCACGUGGUGGAGCUGGCCGACGGCGAGCCGGUGAUGCUGGUCUUCUUCGGCUACUCGCCGAUCUACAGCUACAUCAACAAAGUUCAGGAGUACAACAUCCGGUCUAACUCGUGGCAGGUCGUGUCUGCCGGAGGCGCGGUGGUCCAGGGAGGUUACGGCCACAGCAGCGUGUACGACGAGGCCAGCGGCUGCGUGUUCGUCCACGGGGGAUACAAGGCGCUUAGCAACAACAAGUACGGCCUGGUGGACCACAUGUACCGGUACCACGUCCACACGAAAACAUGGCUGAUCCUCGGGGAGAGCGGUCUGGCGCGGUACCUCCACUCUGCGGUGGUGCUGAGCGGCACGCUGCUGGUUUUCGGAGGCAACACUCACAAUGACACGUCGCUAAGCAACGGGGCCAAGUGCUUCUCCGCUGACUUCAUGGCGUACGACAUCGCCUGUGAUGAGUGGACCGUCCUCCCCAGACCGGGUCUGCACCGGGACGUCAACCGCUUUGGACAUUCUGCCGUCGUUAGCAACGGUUCCAUGUACAUCUUCGGGGGUUUUUCGGGCCUCCUCAUGAACGAUGUGCUGGCGUACACCCCUCCGUCCUGCCUGGCCUUUUCUAACCCGACUUCGUGUGCUGCUGCUGGGCCGGGCCUUCGCUGCCUUUGGGUCCAAAGCAGAUGUGUCCCCUGGGAGCCAAAACCACCCGAAUACACUCUCCCAGCUACUUUCUGCCCUGCGCGACCUGACAGCACAGACGAGCAGUGCUUCCGGUUCUCGGACUGUGCGAGCUGCACCGCCAACACGCGGGGCUGUCAGUGGUGUGAGGACAGGAAGUGCAUCUCUGCGUCCAGUAACUGCACCGUGCUGACCCUGGAGCUGGCCCAGCAGCAUGGCGGCGCUCUGUCUCUGUCUCCCCCACCAUCCAUGUUGUCUGAACAUCAGCUGAGCUUGUGGAAGCACGGCGCCCGAAGGAGGGGACAUACGGUGACAGACUCGUCCAGGUGUAAGCGCAGGGAGGAGCAGGAGUGUUUCAGACUGGCCAACUGCAGGAGCUGCUCCCUCAACGCCAACUGUCAGUGGGAGAUGCAGCAGCAGGAGUGUCAAGCGCUGCCUGGCCAGCUGUGUGGGGAGGGCUGGCACCACAUCGGGGAGGCCUGCCUGAGGAUCAACUCCAGCAGGGAGAGCUACGAUAACGCCCAACACUACUGCAAAAACCUGGGCGGAAAUAUAGCCUCGCUGCUCACAGACAAGCAGGUCAAUUUUGUUCUGGAGGAGCUGCAGAAAUACCAGCUGCAAGACAAGACGUUAUCUCCCUGGGUCGGCCUGAGGAAGAUCAACGUGUCGUACUGGGGCUGGGAGGACAUGUCACCCUUCACCAACACCAGCCUGCGAUGGUUGCCCGGAGAGCCCAGCGACUCGGGCUUCUGCGCCUACCUGGAGCGAGCCCAGGUGGCCGGUCUGAAAGCCAACCCCUGCACGGCCACCAGCGACGGCCUCAUCUGCGAAAAACCUGCCGGGAGUCCACAGAGUCAGAGUGCUCGUCCCUGUAAGACGCCCUGCUCUUUACGCACCAGCUGCGCCAACUGCACCAGCCAGGCCAUGGAGUGCAUGUGGUGCAGCAGCACGCAGCGCUGCGUCGACUCCUCGGCCUACGUCAUCUCCUUCCCCUACGGACAGUGUCUGGAGUGGCAGACCCAGGACUGUAGCGCCCAGAACUGUUCAGGUCUGAGGACCUGUUCCGACUGUCUGGAGAGGGCCGAGUGCGGCUGGUGCGGUGAUCCCAGUAACACCGGCAAGGGCGUCUGCAUGGAGGGGUCCUACCGAGGCCCCCUGAAGCCCGCCGGUGCCAGGGCCGGCCCCCGAGACCGAGACAGACUCCGAGACAGGGACAUGGUGCUGGAUCAGAGCCUGUGCACGUCCGACAGAGGCUACAACUGGGCCUUCAUCCAGUGUCCCGCGUGUCAGUGUAAUGGUCACAGCAGGUGUGUGAACGGCAGCGUGUGCGAGCACUGUGGGAACCUGACAGCAGGGACGCACUGCCAGAGCUGCAUGGCCGGCUACUAUGGCGACCCGAUCAACGGGGGGAAGUGCAACGCCUGCAAGUGUAACAGCCAUGCCAACGUGUGCCACGUCAACUCAGGGAAGUGCUUCUGUACCACUAAAGGCAUCAAGGGAGACCAGUGUCAGCUAUGUGACUCAGAGAACCGUUACCUUGGUAACCCUCUCCGGGGAACAUGUUACUACAACCUGUUGAUCGAUUACCAGUUUACAUUCAGCCUGCUUCAGGAAGAUGACCGCUACUACACCGCCAUCAACUUCAUGGCCACACCUGAACAGGCAAACAAGAACCUCGACAUGUCCAUCAACGCCUCGAACAACUUCAACCUCAACAUCACGUGGUCGUUCAGCUCCACAGCCGGCACCAUCUCAGGCGAGGAGAUGCCCAUCAUAGCGAGGACCAACAUCAAGGAGCACCGUGACAGCUUCUCGUGUGAGAAGUUCGACUUCAGACUUCACCACAACAUCACUUUCUACGUCUACGUGUCCAACUUCAGCUGGCCGAUCAAGAUCCAGAUUGCCUUCUCGCAGCACAACAGCAUCAUGGACUUGGUGCAGUUCUUCGUCACCUUCUUCAGCUGUUUCCUGUCUCUGUUGCUGGUUGCCGCCGUGGUUUGGAAAAUCAAACAGACCUGCUGGGCCUCACGACGCAGAGAGCAGCUGAUGAGAGAGCGACAGCAGAUGGCCAGUCGUCCCUUUGCUUCGGUUGCCGUAGCGCUGGAGGUGGGCGGCGACCAGGAGGAGCUGCUGCAGACAAGAAGAGGUGGAGAAAAUGAGACUGGGAGAGACAAACAGAGCGACAGAGAGGGACGGCCAUUAGGAGGAAGAGAUAGAGUGAGAGUGAUGGAAGUAAUGGGCAAGACGGAGCAGCCCGACAGGGAAGAUUGUGAAGGACAACAAGAGCAGGAGAAGAAGGGGAGAGGAGAGGAGGAAGGCGGUGCCGAAGCCGAUCGCCAUGGAGCCGUGUUGGGGAAGCAGAGCAGGUGUUCUGACGGUGCUGCUGUAUCUGCCCAGAGUCCCAUCUGGGAUCCCUCCGCCGGGGCAGUCUGGUAUUGCUAUAGCCAGUGCUCUGGUGGACACAUCACAACAGCGAGUGACAGACUUCAAAGAAAGAGGCCUGGGUCUGAAGCACCGCAAACACAUCGUGCACCACCAAGGGACCUGUGUAUGAACUGGAUGCCCUCAACGAGGAGACAACAUAUCAACUGGGCCCCGGGGAAAUUUCAGUGGCGCUAUUCACAUUGACUUCAGUGGGAGGGACACACUGUAAACAAAAAGGGAGAGGCUGCAAAAAAAGUGUUUGGAUGGUGUUUGAGAGCAGCUCGGAAGGAGAGGAAAUGUUUCCACCGUCACGUCAACAGGCACCCAAACUGGGACAGAUGUGUACUUGUGGUCCCUGACUUGCCUGAAUCAGAUGGAAAACCUCAUCAUGUUUUUUGUCCCUUGUGUGUAAAUGUUGGUCCUAAUGAGCCAGGAAAAGAAACGCUGGAGGAGAAUGUUUCUACGCCACAGCGUUGGCCAGACAUUAACUGAGAGCUGGCAGACUUUUCUCCACCACAACGCCAUGUGGCUCCGCCUCUCCGGGGCUCUACUUGUCCAUCAUGCAGUCUGCCAUAUUGACAGAGAGAAAGACUUGUUUUACACUAAUAAACCAAAACUAAAUGGCUUUGGGCUCCGGUGAAAGAUAUUGAGCUGAAAUUAACUGAGCUGAAAUGAAGUCCUCCUGACUCUGAAACCCACCGGGCUCAGGAGCGAUGCUGGAAAGAACAUGGACUUAACUAGAUCAAUGACAGCACUGUAGUGUGGGGAUGGGGGGGUCGUUCUGUGACAAAGAUCUGCUUGAGGCGAAGGUCUCCUGGGAAUUUUAAAGACUACUACUGUUGAGAUGUCGAGGAAGUGCAUCGUGCUACGUAACAUCUGGAUGCAACUGUUGAAAUGUCAUUCCUGUUUUCCCUUCAAGUUCUACGUUUUUUUUGAUAUCUGCUCAGGUCCUCUGUAAUGAAAAAGGGUCCAUUAUCUGUAACGUUGGGCCUUAAAAAUACGUCUGUAUAUGCACUAUAAGUGAAAUGCUUUACCAGUACAUUAGGACCCUCUGUGGGAUAAUAUUAUGCAACUGAUCAUCCAAACAUUAAUGUUGAUUCUGGGUUGCGAUGUAACCUCAAGGUCUGUAUCAUCACGCGUACUACUGAUGGUAUUCAUACGUUUAUGAUUCAUUUUAUUACUGUGAACAUUCGCAUCUCUGCUCAUAACCGCCAGUGAAUGCCACAUGUUUAUUUCUGAACUUUAUGUAACAUAUCUUCUUAUAUAAUAUUUAUUAAUUAUGCAAAUUACAGUUAAAACAAUUAUUUAGGUAAAGGGAUAUUCCGGCGCAAGUUUAAUCCACGAUCUAACACACCGUGACACCGAGUAAACGAUAACAUGUAUGUUAUAUGUCGCCAGCAAGAAACC